AUCUCUUUGUGUUCUUCUUCUUCCUCAGAUCCUCUCUCACUAAAAAGAAACAAAGAUGGUUUUGACAAAAACCGCAACGAAUGAUGAAUCUGUCUGCACCAUGUUCGGAUCUCGCUAUGUUCGGACUACACUUCCCAAGUAUGAGAUUGGUGAGAAUUCGAUACCGAAAGACGCUGCGUUUCAGAUCAUAAAAGAUGAGCUGAUGCUUGAUGGUAACCCGAGGCUUAACCUAGCUUCAUUUGUGACUACAUGGAUGGAGCCAGAGUGUGACAAACUCAUCAUGGACUCUAUCAACAAGAACUACGUUGAUAUGGAUGAGUACCCUGUCACAACUGAGUUUCAGAACCGAUGUGUAAACAUUAUAGCUCGACUGUUCAAUGCGCCACUCAAGGAAUCCGAGACUGCGGUGGGAGUAGGGACAGUUGGUUCUUCAGAAGCCAUCAUGUUAGCCGGAUUGGCCUUCAAAAGAAAAUGGCAAAACAGACGCAAGGCUGAGGGUAAACCCUAUGACAAACCCAACAUUGUCACCGGAGCCAAUGUUCAAGUGUGCUGGGAGAAAUUCGCUCGGUACUUCGAGGUGGAGCUAAAAGAGGUAAAGUUAAGUGAAGGUUACUACGUGAUGGAUCCAGACAAAGCAGCAGAAAUGGUGGACGAGAACACAAUAUGUGUCGCGGCCAUUCUUGGUUCCACACUCAAUGGUGAGUUCGAAGACGUGAAGCGUCUCAAUGACUUGCUGGUCAAGAAAAAUGAGGAGACUGGUUGGAACACACCAAUCCAUGUAGAUGCAGCAAGUGGAGGGUUCAUAGCUCCAUUUAUCUAUCCUGAAUUGGAAUGGGACUUUAGACUUCCUUUGGUUAAGAGCAUCAACGUGAGUGGUCACAAGUAUGGACUUGUCUAUGCUGGUAUUGGUUGGGUCGUGUGGAGGGCAUCAGAGGAUUUGCCUGAAGAGCUUAUCUUUCAUAUUAACUAUCUUGGUUCUGAUCAACCCACUUUCACUCUCAAUUUCUCCAAGGGAUCGAGCCAAAUUAUUGCUCAAUACUAUCAACUCAUUCGUCUUGGGUUCGAGGGGUACAAGAAUGUGAUGGAGAAUUGCAUAGAGAACAUGGUGAUUCUCAAAGAAGGGAUAGAGAAAACAGAGCGUUUCAACAUAGUUUCCAAGGACCAAGGAGUGCCAGUCGUAGCCUUCUCUCUCAAGGACCAUAGUUUCCACAACGAGUUCGAGAUCUCUGAGAUGCUACGCCGUUUUGGAUGGAUCGUCCCGGCUUACACUAUGCCUGCGGAUGCGCAACACAUCACGGUUCUACGUGUUGUCAUCAGGGAAGAUUUCUCAAGAACACUUGCGGAAAGACUUGUAGUCGAUAUUGUGAAGGUGCUUCACGAGCUAGAUACCUUGCCUUCCAAGAUAUCUAAGAAGAUGGGAAUAGAAGGGAUUGCAGACAAUGUUAAGGAGAAGAAAAUGGAGAAGGAGGUUCUGAUGGAAGUUAUUGUUGGAUGGAGGAAGUUUGUGAAGGAUAGGAAGAAGAUGAAUGGUGUGUGCUGAGCAAGUGUGUUGUGUUUGUGUGUGAAUAAAGAGGUUCUUCAUUC